UGGAAAUAUAUUUCUUAUUUUUAGAAGAAUCAACACUAGUCUUUUAAAAUCACUACAAGUCGACGGAUUCUCCUUUUGUGUACUCCCGCUUUAUUCAAAUGGUUACUAAUUGAUCUAACGUUACUAUGAAAAUAAUUAUGGAGUGAAGCUGGAACUCCAUUGAAAAUGUAAAGAAGUUCGCGUGUAUUUAUUUUUAAUAUAUGAACAUGUAAACUUGGAGAUAUUUCUAUUGGGAUAUAAACGUGGAAUAAACAGUGAAAAAGUGAACUCCUGUCUGAGGAUAAUGCAUUUCUCUGCGAUCAGCUGAAGGCAACAAUACACGACAUGUAUGAGGACAAUCGCAAAAACAAUGGCCGGAACGGGUACACCAACACAGAUGAAGGAGAGGAGGGUGGAGGAGAGGGAGAAGAGGAGGGCGAGGAGGGAGAAGAGAAGAAAGGAGACACGGAGUGGACGGAGGAUGGCGCGGAUGACGGCGGAGGAGCGAAGAUGACGAGGACAGACACGCUCUACUCCACGACCAGCUCCACGGGGACCCAGAGGAAGAAGAGCCAUCAUAAUAAGAAAGUGAUACAGGGGUCUGACAAGAUCCAGAGAGCCCCCAGGGCGCUCUACUGCCUGAAACUCAACAACCCCAUACGCCGGGCCGCGCUCUCCAUCGUAGAGUGGAAACCCUUUGACAUCUUCAUCCUGAUAGCCAUCUUUGCUAACUGUAUAGCGCUGGGGGUGUCCAAGCCUUUCCCUGAGGAAGACUCCAACUCUACCAACCACGACCUGGAACAAGUGGAAUAUGUGUUUCUGAUUAUCUUCACCAUUGAGACGUUUCUGAAGAUCUUGGCUUAUGGCCUGGUGAUGCACCCCAGCUCCUACAUACGCAACGGAUGGAACUUGCUAGACUUUGUCAUCGUCAUCGUGGGGCUGUUCAGUGUCGUCCUGGAGACGAUGACCCAUAAGGCCACGGGCGAGGCGGCGUCGACUCACCAUGUACCAGGGAAGCCUGGAGGUCUGGAUGUCAAAGCUCUCCGAGCCUUCAGAGUACUGAGGCCCCUACGGCUGGUCUCAGGAGUACCUAGUCUGCAGAUCGUAUUGAACUCCAUCAUGAAGGCCAUGCUGCCUCUCCUCCACAUCGCCCUGCUGGUGCUGUUUGUCAUCAUAAUCUAUGCCAUCAUCGGCCUGGAGCUGUUCAUAGGACGGAUGCACAAGUCCUGCUACUACAUUGGCACAGAUAACUUUGCAGAGGAUGACCCUGUGCCCUGUGCAUUUGCGGGUCACGGUCGUCAGUGUGUAGUGAACGGGUCUGAGUGUCGAGGAAAGUGGGCUGGACCCAACGGAGGAAUCACCAACUUUGACAAUUUCUUCUUCGCUAUGCUGACGGUGUUCCAGUGUAUCACUAUGGAGGGGUGGACCGACGUACUCUACUGGAUGAAUGAUGCCAUAGGGUUUGAGAUGCCCUGGGUUUACUUUGUCAGUCUGGUGGUCUUCGGCUCCUUCUUCGUCCUCAACCUGGUUUUGGGUGUGUUGAGUGGAGAGUUCUCCAAGGAGAGAGAGAAGGCCCAGGCGCGAGGGGACUUCCAGAAGCUGAGAGAGAAACAACAGAUGGAGGAGGAUCUGUCUGGAUACAUGGACUGGAUCACACAGGCUGAAGACAUGGAUGAGUUUGACGAGGACGGAAACAGACGUCCGACCCUGGGGGAUCUGUCAGACAAGAAGAAAGGGAAGUUUGGCUGGUUCAGCCACUCAAACGAAACACACGCAAGUCUUCCAGCCAGUGAGACAGCCUCUACCAACACGGAGAAUAUUGAUGAAGAACACACUGAUUGCUGUGCCGCCUGCUGCGCUCGAAUGAUGAAUAACAGCUGCUGUCGGACGUUGCGGAGGUGGAACCGGGUGUGUCGGAGGAACUGCCGCGUGGCGGUCAAGUCGGUGACGUUCUAUUGGCUAGUUCUGUUUCUGGUGUUCCUCAACACCAUCUGCAGCGCCUCAGAACACUACGACCAGCCAGACUGGCUCACAGAGGUCCAGGACAUAGCCAACAAAGUGCUGCUGUCUCUGUUUACGGUGGAGAUGUUGCUGAAGAUGUAUGCUCUGGGGACGUCUCAGACCGGCUACUUCAAGGCCUUUUUUAACCGCUUCGACUUCUUCGUGGUGUGUGGAGGCAUCACAGAGACCACUCUGGUGGAGCUGGAGAUCAUGCCGCCUCUCGGCAUCUCCGUGCUUCGCUGCGUCCGACUCCUCAGGAUCUUUAAAGUGACACGUCACUGGACAGCUCUGUCCAACCUGGUGGCCUCUCUGCUCAACUCCAUGAAGUCCAUCAUGUCCCUGCUCCUCCUCCUCUUCCUCUUCCUCAUCAUCUUCGCUCUGCUGGGCAUGCAGCUGUUCGGAGGGAAGUUCAACUUCGACGAGACCCAGACCAAGAGGAGCACCUUCGACACCUUCUCCCAAGCCCUGCUCACCUGCUUCCAGAUUCUAACAGGUGAGGACUGGAACUUAGUGAUGUAUGAUGGCAUCAUGGCGUACGGAGGGCCUGUCUUCCCUGGGAUGAUCAUCUGUAUCUACUUUGUCAUCCUCUUCAUCUGUGGUAACUAUAUCCUGCUGAACGUCUUCUUGGCUAUCGCUGUGGACAACUUAGCAGGAGGAGACGGUGACACAAAGAAAGAAGAGAAGAAAGAAGAGGGGGAAGCAAAGGACGGGGAGGGAGAGAAUGGAGAACUGAAGAUUGACGUUGAUGAUGAGACUGAGUAUGAGGAAGAGGAGGAGCCUGAACAGACAGAAGAGGCGGCAGCGGGCAUCCAGCUGAACGUAGCAGACAUCCUCCCUCCCAAGGAGAAGGUUACACCAAUCCCAGAGGGCAGCGCCUUCUUCUGUCUCAGCAAGACCAACCCGAUCCGUCGGGGCUGCCACUUCCUGAUCCACCACCACAUCUUCUGCAAUCUCAUCCUGGUCUUCAUCAUCCUCAGCAGCUGCUCUCUGGCCGCAGAGGACCCCAUCAGAGCACACUCCUUCAGGAACAAUGUUCUGGGCUAUGCAGACUAUGCCUUCACCUCGAUAUUCACAGUGGAGAUCAUACUGAAGAUGACAGUUCAUGGGGCGUUCCUCCACCAAGGUUCAUUCUGUAGGAACUGGUUCAACCUGUUGGAUCUCCUGGUGGUCUCUGUGUCUCUGAUCUCCUUCUUCCUACAUUCGAGUGCCAUCUCUGUGGUCAAGAUUCUCAGGGUUCUCAGAGUGCUCAGGCCUCUUCGAGCCAUAAACAGAGCCAAGGGACUGAAGCAUGUGGUCCAGUGCGUGUUUGUAGCGAUCAAGACCAUCGGUAACAUCAUGAUCGUCACCACUCUACUACAGUUCAUGUUCGCCUGCAUCGGAGUCCAGCUCUUCAAGGGUAAAUUCUACCGCUGCACAGAUGAGGCUAAACACACACCAGAGCAGUGCAAGGGAACCUUUGUUGUGUAUAAGGAUGGGGACGUGAGCCACCCCAUGGUGAGAGAGAGGAUCUGGCACAACAGUGACUUUAACUUUGACAACGUCCUGAUGGGCAUGAUGGCUCUGUUCACAGUGUCCACCUUCGAGGGCUGGCCAGCACUCCUGUAUAAGGCGAUUGAUGCUAAUGGAGAGAACCAUGGUCCUGUCUAUAACUACCGUGUUGAGAUCUCCAUCUUCUUCAUCGUCUACAUCAUCAUCAUUGCCUUCUUCAUGAUGAACAUCUUCGUCGGCUUCGUCAUCAUCACCUUCAGAGAGCAGGGAGAGUCUGAGUAUAAGAACUGUGAGCUGGACAAGAACCAGAGACAGUGUGUCGAGUUUGCUCUGAAGGCCCAGCCUUUGAAGCUGUACAUUCCAAAGAACCCAGUGCAGUUUAAGUUCUGGUCCUUCAUCCAGUCUACAGCGUUUGAAUACGUCAUGUUCGUUCUAAUUCUCCUCAACACUGUCACAUUGGCUGUUCAGCAUUAUGAGCAGUCCAAGGUGUUCAGUCAUGUGAUGGACAUCCUCAACAUGGUCUUCACUGGUCUCUUCACUGUAGAGAUGCUACUCAAGCUGCUGGCUCUACGACUCAGGCAUUAUUUCAUAGAUGCCUGGAACUCUUUUGAUGCUCUGAUCGUGGUGGGCAGUGUCGUGGAUAUUGUGGUGACAGAAUUCAGCAGCUCUGAUGACAGCUCCAGAGUGUCCAUCACGUUCUUCCGUCUGUUCCGAGUGAUGCGAUUGGUCAAACUGCUGAGCAAGGGGGAGGGUAUUCGGACGCUGCUCUGGACCUUUGUCAAGUCCCUCCAGGCCCUGCCCUACGUAGCCCUUCUCAUCGCCAUGAUCUUCUUCAUCUAUGCGGUCAUCGGCAUGCAGACGUUUGGGAAGAUAGCCAUGCAGGACUACACUCAGAUCAACAGGAACAACAACUUCCAGACGUUUCCUCAGGCAGUACUAGCUCUAUUCAGGUGUGCUACAGGGGAGGCGUGGCAGGAGAUCAUGCUAGCCAGUCUGCCAGGUAAACGGUGUGACCCAGAGUCAGACUACCUGCCUGGGGAAGAGUUCACAUGUGGAAGCAACUUCGCUAUCGUCUACUUCAUCAGCUUCUUCAUGCUGUGUGCUUUCCUGAUUAUAAAUCUGUUUGUUGCUGUCAUCAUGGACAACUUUGACUAUCUAACCCGUGAUUGGUCCAUUCUUGGGCCUCAUCACCUGGAUGAGUUCAAGAGGAUCUGGUCCGAGUAUGACCCUGAGGCCAAGGGUCGUAUUAAACAUCUAGAUGUCGUAGCUCUGCUGAGAAGGAUCCAGCCUCCUCUGGGCUUCGGAAAGCUCUGUCCUCACCGCGUGGCGUGCAAGCGUCUGGUGGCCAUGAACAUGCCUCUGAACAGCGACGGCACCGUAACGUUCAACGCCACUCUGUUCGCCCUGGUCAGAACCGCCCUGAAGAUCAAAACCGAGGGUAACCCGGACCAGGAGAAUGAGGAGCUGAGGAUCAUAAUAAAGAAGAUCUGGAAGAGGAUGAAGCCCAAGGUUCUGGACGAGGUCAUCCCCCCACACGAGGAAGAGGAUGUGACGGUUGGUAAGUUCUACGCCACCUUCCUGAUUCAGGACUACUUCAGGAAGUUCAGGAAGAGAAAAGAGCAAGGAGACCUGGAGGAGGCCGACCCAAACAACACUUCUGCUGCGCUACAGCUGUGUCAGGCGGGUCUGCGUACGCUGCAGGACCUGGGGCCGGAGAUGAGGAUGGCCAUGUCAGCUGACCUGGAGGAGGAAGAGGAGGAGGGCAUGGAGGAAGAGCCAGAGGAAGAUGAUUCCCACUAUAAGACUGAUAACGGCUAUGCCACUGAGGGUAAGGAUAGGCGUGGCUCCAUGGCCACCACCAUUACUGGAGGAGGAGGUAUGCCCAGGGAGAGUCUCUCCAACGGGGGUCUGGCACACCGAGGCUCCCCCAACGGAGGAGGUCUGGAGCAGGAUGAGCUGGGACGAGGAGACAACGUGAGGUCUUCGCUCAACCACCCUCGUCGUCAUUCUUCCGUUAAGAACGGACUGGUGGACCAACCGGCCAUGAGCAGAAGGAAUUCCAACAAGUAUUCAAGUAGAAGAGACAACAGAGGAGACAGAUAUUCUCCUGUCCGAGGUCGUAACGGAGGGAUGGAUGGAGGAGAGGAGAGUUAUGGAGGGGAGGAGGGUUACUAUGAUGAGGAUAACGAGAGCCUAGACCCUCGUGACAGACUUCGUUACCCUGACGACCCUCCUCUGUACCCUGGUCAGCGUGACGCCCACGCCCCCAGCAACGCUGCCUACGGUAAUAACUAUGGCAACGGGAACGGGAAUGGCUAUGGAGAUGGACGGAGGACCGCGAGGAGACGCCUCCUCCCCGCCACACCUACCGGUAACGUCACUACACCAGGGCUGCUUUACACGGGGCAUGACGGUGGGGAACUAUCAGGUCGUAAGCCAUCCUUUAAUAUCCAAUGUCUGAGGAGGCAGGACAGCAAUGAUGACCUCCCCAUCCCAGGAACCUACCACCAGAACUCUCCCCCCUGUCGGGCACGCACACAGGUCACCACACAGACGUACGGCAGUUACGAGUCUCGUCGCAGCAGCAGCCGUUCCUCAACAGGUUCCUCUGCCUCCUGGGCUAACCCUUGCCCUCGCCGAGGUCGCCUCCUCUAUGCCCCUCUCAUCCUGGUCGAAGAGGAGGGGGUUGGGGGGAGCGGCGGCUCCGGGAUCUGGGGGGACAAGAAGGGUGGAGGGGCCAACGUGACGGCUGCCACCUCCCGACCUGGUCCUGCCGGGUGGUACACAGGGCCCCCUGGCCCCUCAGAAGUCUCCCAGGCACCCUACAGGGCCUAUACCACACUGAGGGUCCCCACUCAGCUCAGCCCUCACUACAGCGACAAGAGAGGCAGUGCUGAUAGCCUGGUGGAGGCAGUGCUGAUCUCGGAGGGGCUGGGUCUGUACGCCAAGGACCCCAAGUUUGUGGCCUUCGCCAAACGGGAGAUUGCUGACGCGUGUCACAUGACAAUUGACGAGAUGGAGAGUGCGGCCAGCGACCUGCUGAGUCGGGGAAGCGGGGGCGGAGGGGGUGGCGGCUUCCUGAACAACCCCGACCUCGGAACCCUGUACAGCGACGAGGAGCCAAUCAGAACGUGCCGCGACGAAGAAGACCUGGCGGACGAGAUGACCUGCGUCACUUCCUUCUGACCUGUACGACGAUCGAUCAAUUAAUCAAUCGAUCGAUCGUGAUUGAUUGAGUUUAUUGUGAUGAGUAGCAGACCAGACUUACUGGGCACGAGGGAGGACAGAGGACAACUGAGGGACAGACGGAUGGAGGACAGAUAGGGAGCUGGACAGACAGACAAGAGGUUGUCCAGUCCAGUGUCCUUAGUCCCUCCAUCUUGACUAUAGACAGAUAUAUAUAAUAGGCCUCUAGGCUUUACAGAGAAUGGACCAAAGGCACUAGAUGGAGACAGAGAAUGGACCAAAGGCACUAGAUGGAGACAGAGAAUGGACCAAAGGCACUAGAUGGAGACAGAGAAUGGACCAAAGGCACUAGAUGGAGACAGAGAAUGGACCAAAGGGACUAGAUGGAGACAGAGAAUGGACCAAAGGCACUAGAUGGAGACAGAGAAUGGACCAAAGGCACUAGAUGGAGACAGAGAAUGGACCAAAGGCACUAGAUGGAGACAGAGAAUGGACCAAAGGCACUAGAUGGAGACAGAGAAUGGACCAAAGGCACUAGAUGGAGACAGAGAAUGGA